GCCAAGAUCCAAUACCAAUCCCCUGCUAGCCUCAGGCGCCGUGAGUCAACGGCGAGGACUCAGCCACCACGGCGCUAAAACAAUGCCUCCACAAGGCUGACAAGGCAGCCACUGAACACUGCAUGCAUAAUUCACGGUGUAUAUAGAACCGUGAUUUCUUCCGACUUUCAUGACUGCAACCGUAAACCCUGAAUAUUUGGGAAUCCGGAACAAAAAUUGAGAAAAUGUCAGAUUCAUCGUCACCUGAGCCGCUCUACUUCUGGCGAGAAACGGACAGUGAGACAGGAUGGCUGUCACAGUGGUACGAUUGUCCGUUCAAGGACGACGAGGAUCCCAAGAAGACAUACAAGACGGCUGAGCACUACAUGAUGCAUCACAAGGCUCUCCUGUUCAACGAUCCCGCGGUCGCCCUCCAGGUUCUCCGUGCCGACCACCCGCGUAAGGUCAAGGCGCUUGGCCGCAAGGUCAAAGGCUUUGACAAUGAGGUCUGGGACAAGAACCGGCGCGACAUCGUCCGCCGGGGCAACAUCCUCAAGUUCACCCAAGCCGUGUCGGAGCAGGGCUUUCACAAGAGCACCACUCCCAAGGGCAAGGGCACAAAGCGCAAGCUGCUGCCCAUUGAGGGAUCUCUGAAAGCCAUGCUGCUGGCAACGGGUGAUCGCGCGAUCGUGGAAGCAAGCCCGUACGAUUCCAUCUGGGGAAUCGGGUUUACAGCAGCGAAUGCUGAGACGGCCAAGGAGUCUUGGGGGCUGAAUCUGCUGGGGCUGGAGCUGAUGGAGGUAAGGAAGAUCUUGCGGGAGCAGGAUGAAGAGAAGGAAAAGGAUGGAAAAUCCGUGGAUGGUGAUGAGCCGGCAAGGAAGAAGACAAAGAGCGAGGAGCAAGAUGUAGAGAAGGUUGAGAAGGAGGGUGAGGAGGACAACUAGAAGCGGAUGAGCGAUUGCGAGACAAAGCAUGAGGCAUGGUCAUCUCCUUGUAUAAGAGUCAGAGUCAAACUAGAAUAAAUCAACAACAUCUUUUAUCUUGAA